AGGAGCCAGGAGGCCGCGGCGUCACUGGGUCCGGACCUUGUGAUCGCCCAGCAGUAACUGUCCCCACUCCCCGCCACUGCGUGUUCGCGCGGCGUGUUUACUUCUGGUACCCGGGCCCCUCCUCUGUGUCAUCUCCCUGCAUUCUGGUCCUCUGGUCUCCAUGGAGCAGCUGCUGCGCGCCGAGCUGCGCACCAAGACACUGCGUGCCUUUGGGAGCUCAGGGGCCGGCUGCAUCAGCGAAGGCCGUGCCUACGACACCGACGCUGGUCCGGUGUUUGUCAAGGUCAACCGCAGGACGCAGGCCCGGCAGAUGUUUGAGGGAGAGAUGGCAAGCCUGGAGGCCCUCCGCAGCACUGGCUUGGUGCGGGUACCUAAGCCCAUGAAGGUGAUUGACCUGCCAGGAGGUGGGGCUGCCUUCGUGAUGGAAUAUUUGAAGAUGAAGAGCCUGAGCAGCCAGGCAUCAAAGCUCGGGGACCAGAUGGCAGAUUUGCACCUUUAUAACCAGAAGCUCAGGGAGAAGGCCAAGGCCCGGGAGAACACAGUGGGCUGUGGGGCUGAGAGUGCCGAGCCCCAGGGUGUGACCAAGUUCGGCUUCAACACGGUGACGUGCUGCGGCUUCAUCCCACAGGUGAAUGAAUGGCAGGAUGACUGGCCAACGUUUUUCACACAACACCGGCUCCAAGCACAGCUAAACCUCAUUGAAAGGGACUAUGCUGACCGAGAGACACAAGAACUGUGGUCAAGACUACAGGUGAAGAUCCCGGACCUGUUCUCUGGUGUAGAGAUUGUCCCUGCCCUGCUCCAUGGAGACCUCUGGUCUGGCAAUGUGGCGGAGGAUGACCAGGGGCCCAUUAUUUAUGAUCCAGCUUCCUUCUAUGGCCAUUCUGAGUUUGAACUGGCAAUCGCACUGAUGUUUGGGGGGUUCCCCAGAUCCUUCUUCACUGCCUACCACCAGAAGAUCCCCAAGGCUCCGGGGUUCGACAAGCGCCUGCUGCUCUAUCAGCUCUUCAACUACCUAAACCACUGGAACCACUUUGGGAGGGAGUAUAGAAGCCCGUCCUUGGGCGUGAUGAGGAAGCUGCUCAGGUAGCAGAGGGCUGGGACCCAAUAAAAAGUCAAAUCGGGACCCCGACUGGGCU